AUGGUCUCUUUCAAGAACAUCUUCUGCGCCUUGUUGGCUGCUACCACGGCGCUGGCCGCCCCCUUCGAUUUCCUCACCGAGGAUGUUGAGGACGGAAACUCGACUCUUGUCAAGCGACAGAGCACCCCCAGUGCUGAGGGUACUCACAAUGGAUACUUCUACUCCUGGUGGACUGAUGGUGGCGGUUCUGCUCAGUUCACCCUGGGCGAGGGCUCGCGCUACUCUGUCAAGUGGACCAACACUGGCAACUUUGUUGGCGGCAAGGGCUGGAACCCUGGCACUGGACGCACCAUCAACUAUGGUGGAGCUUUUAACCCCUCAGGCAACGGCUACCUCGCUGUAUAUGGAUGGACCAGAUCUCCCCUUGUCGAAUACUACGUGAUCGAGUCCUUCGGUACAUACGACCCCAGCAGUGGUGCUCAGUACAAGGGCAGCUUCUCCACCGAUGGUGGAAACUACAACGUCUACGUUUCCACCCGCACAAACCAGCCCUCCAUCGACGGUACCCGCACCUUCCAGCAAUACUGGUCUGUUCGUCAGGGCAAGCGUGUCGGUGGGAGCGUAAAUAUGGCUGCUCACUUUUCAGCAUGGUCGCGUUUUGGACUCAAUCUUGGACAGCACUAUUACCAGAUUGUUGCUACCGAAGGCUACCAGAGCAGCGGCUCUUCUGACAUUUAUGUCCAGACCAAGUAG